AUGUCACCAAUUUAUCAAUUCUUGAUGAUCUACCUUACCAUCUUCUUCACAUUCCUCGCCACUCUCGCUUCGACCAAGACUUGUGAAGUUUGUAUGUACGACGGAACAGUUUAUCGUGACCCGAACGGAGGAAUUGCAGCCCCGAAUUUCUGUCAAGCAAAAGCCACUGAAAUGACUCUUGCAAGUCAAAGGAUCUCUAGUACAGACGGUGCAUGUCAUGAUAUGGGUUGGUAUACACAUUUUUCGGAUUCACAUGGUCAAAAAACUUAUUGUAGAUUCAGAUGUCAGCGUGAUACUGAUUGUAUUGGGGAAAAAACUUCAAUAAGAGAUAGCUCUGGACGUAAAGUUCCACACAAUGCGUUUCUUGGUCGUAGGGAUAUGGAAUGUAAUGAAUGGCCCGGUAAUUAG